AUGACAAGAUUCAAAUUUGAAUUGGAUUAUUUAGUAUUCCUAUAUAAAAAAUAUUAANAAGACUUAUUUGAAAAAGCUAUCUAAAGAACAGUUCUCAUGAUGGCCAGCAGAGUCGAAUACAUCCCAGAUGUUCCAUGUGGUAACACAGUCGGAUUGGUCGGUGUUGAUCAAUAUUUAAUGAAGACUGGUACCAUCUCAGACCACCCAGAUUGCCAUUUAAUCAGAUCAAUGAAAUAUUCAGUAUCUCCAGUCGUCAGAGUUGCUGUCUAACCAAAGAACCCAGGAGAUUUACCAAAAUUAGUCGAUGGAUUAAAGAAAUUGUCAAAAUCAGAUCCAUUAGUCUUGUGCACAACUGAAGAAUCAGGAUAAAACGUUAUUGCCGGAUGUGGUGAAUUACACGUUGAAAUCUGUUUGAAUGAUUUAGAAAAAGACUUUGCAGGUAUUGAACUCAUCAAAUCUGACCCAAUCGUCUCAUACAAGGAAACCGUAUCUGCUACCUCAAACAUUGUUUGCAUGUCUAAAUCACCAAAUAAGCACAACAGAAUUUAUGCUUAAGCCACACCAUUACAUGAAAAUUUACCAGAUGCUAUUGAAAAAGGAUAAGUCACACCAAAAGACGAACCAAAACUCAGAGCUAAAGCACUUAAUGAAGAAUAUGAAUGGGAUAAGGAAGAUGCACUCAGAAUUUGGACCUUUGGACCAGAUAACUCAGGUGCCAACAUCUUGAUGGACAAGACAUCAGGAGUUUAAUACAUGAAUGAAUUGAGAGAAUCUAUGGAAUCCGCUUGGUAAUGGUCAACCAAGGAAGGACCACUUUGCGAAGAAAAUCAAAGAGGUAUCAGAGUCAACAUUUUGGAUUGUGUCUUACAUGCUGAUGCCAUCCACAGAGGAGGUGGUUAAAUCAUCCCAACUGCCAGAAGAUUGUAUUAUGCAUGCGAAUUGACAGCCCAACCAAGAUUAUAAGAACCAGUCUUCUUGGCUGAAAUCACUGCACCAAAUGAUGCUACUGGUGGUGUAUAUAACUGUCUCAACACCAGAAGAGGAACAGUCAUUGAAGAGGAAUAAGUUGCAGGAACUCCACUCUCAGUGGUAUCAUAAUUAUUCUAUUUUCAUAGGUUAGAGCUCAUUUACCAGUCGCUGAAUCAUUCGGUUUCACUGCCCAUUUAAGAGGUAUGACCUAAGGACAAGCCUUCCCUCAAUGUGUCUUUGAUCACUGGGCCAUCGUCAAUGGUAACCCACUUGAAGCUGGAAGCAAAGUAUUAUUUUAUAUUAAUCAUUUAGGUUAAUGAUUUAGUCUUAUCCAUCAGAAAGAGAAAGGGUAUCAAAGUUCAAUUACCAGACCUUAAUGAAUAUUUGGACAAACUCUGAUCUAAAUAUUGUAUGUUAAAUAAAU